AUGGAGCUCCAGGUGCUGCGGUGGUUUCAUUGGUACUAUGACGCCAGCGAGACGGCCACCAUCGACGAAAAUGAUCAGACCUUUUUGCGGGCGUCACUUGCGACGCUGAUGCUGGGCUUUGGCGGUAUCACACUCAUCUGGUACACCAGUUUCGUCUAUGUGGAUCACCAGGACAAGGAUGUGAGCCUGAAGCGGCAUAACAAGAGGUGGGUUGACCGUGCGGUAAAUCGGCUCAACUUUCGUGUGGACCGGCGGUGCGCCAAUUUCCAGUGUCGCUUGUGGAAGCUCUACUUCUCCCUGCAGUUGGUGCCGGCCUAUGUCCCACUGCCGCUGCUCCUCCUCCCAGAGGAGACAGGCGAUGGUGUAAAAGGCACUUCCGCGAAGAGCGACCACUCUCCAAUGCCUGCGUUGGCGGUGGCGUUAGCCGCCCGUCACAACGCGUUCUUUCCCUUCACCGCGACUACUGUGACAAACGACUUACCGCCCACGACAGACACACAGUUGACGGUGGUGUCUGCGUUGGAGACCCCCCGAAUCGGCAAUCAACCUUCAGACGCAGGGGCAGGUGAGAACCGUCGGCGCAGCGAUGAGUAACGCAUCGCCAGCAAAGCCGUACAAGAGCAAUGACAACAGUGGCGAUGAUGACUGGGACAGGGGGGACGUAGGCUUCUGCGGGCGUGCCACAAUGGUACCCUCACUACACCGACGAGACCGCCGUCGCCACACCCGCCAGCGAUGCGACGUACUUGCUACUUCUUUGCUGCCUACCCGCACGGCAUUCUUUCCUGGUGUGGCUGGGUGAACAUGAUCAGCAACGCCACCCGUCGUGACACGAAGCUUUUUCUGGGCAACCGCAACGUGGUGCAGCAAUCGCUAUCGACUCAGUCGCUGCCGCACACAGGCAGCAUCUUCACAACGAGUAACACCCGUGUCAUACCCCUAACAUCGGGCCCAAUCAUGGGCCUUCCUGUGUCACCACCCACCGUUGCUGUGAGGAGCUCCACUGGUGCUGACUGGGCAGCUGGUGGUGCAACGUAUGCGAAGUGGCGCUACUAUUUCUACGACCCCCUCAUGAAGAAAUUCGUGAUGCGCCUCGACAAGGACGAGGCAGUUCCGGCGAAGCCCGCAGGGGCUGAGGUCUACCGCCGGUGCCUUUGCAUCGCGUGGGCAUGGUGUGAUGCCGCUUCUCCAAAGAGCAAAGCAAGGCCGGGUCGUCCGCAAUCCAGCGGUUCACCAGAUGCUGGGGCUGAUGCAGCCACUAGAACCACCAGUUCACUGCGCCGCCCACUGAAGAUUCGCAUAAGCGCUGUGGUUGACACUUUCCUCUUCUACGUCUCCAUCGUGCGCGAGAUCCACAUUGCUUUCCGGUUAUAUGAACGCCUCGUACGAAACCCGCAAGCGUGUGCUGCUGUACAACAACAACACCCAAUGAGAGGGUGGGCGGCCCCCUCGUCUCACCCGCGCACUCUACGAAGGCCCAGCUCACCACAGAUGCAGAGGAUAAAGACAAGGGUGCUGACGAGUAUCAUGAGAGUACCUUGUCGGAUGACCUAAACCAUCUGCUGCUGUUCUCGGAUGGAGCUUCUGAGGCUCUUCUAUCCUCGGCCCACAGUCCUGCUCGCCUACUGCUGCCACGCCGAAAAGGCUUCCUGCGCUUGGCGAUCCACACACAGAGCAAGCUGGUGUCUGUGCACACCUUCGGAGAGACAGACUACUUUGAGCACCACAGCUCCCCCACCAUGCGGCACGCAACCACCGUUGACGACGACGACUCGACGUACAUGUCGCGGCGAAAGUCGGUGCCGGAUACUUCCCUGCGCCCUGACGCCACGGGUGGCGACAGGGUAACACUUACGACAGCGGUGAAUGCAUUUGCCGCUGUUGCAAGAGGAGCAGCAGCAGAUGGAGCAUGACCGGCCCGAGAAUACCUUGGCCAAAGGGCUACACGGUGGCGUUACCUCGUCUUUGGGCCCAUUUGGCCGCAGCGGUGACAGUACCUCAUCCACCACUAUCAUGCUACCCAGCACGAUGCACCAUGGGUGCCAACCAUUGCAUAGCGGCUCCCCAUUCGCACCGUCAAUGCUGUUGUCUAUCGUCCCAACACUGCCGCACCCGGCCGCAGCACACCACAAGUCGCACUACCACGAAUCACAGAGCGGCGGGGAGAAGAGACAGCUGAGGGAAAGGGGCGAGGUGCGGGACCCGUAUGGGCGGACGCCAACGACGCUGUACAUGCAGCUGUUUUCCUUGAAAAAAUAA